CCCGCCCCCUCCCCCGCCCACUCCCCGGAACCGGUGGCGGAGCUGCAGCCGCCGGCAGUGGGACGGCGACGGCACCGCUGAGGCUCCGCGAUGAGUGCCUCCCGACGCCCCGCGUCCCGGGCCCGGCUCCACUGACAGAGACUCUGGGCUCCUUGAGGACAUUCCCUUUCUGCUUGGAGUCUCCUUUCACUCUACUCAGCGUGGAAGAACGUUCUUAAUGCUUAGCCCCUGCAGGACAGGUGCGACAGGAUUGCCGUUAGACCCCAAUCAUGGUGCAGAAGUACCAGUCGCCCGUGAGGGUGUACAAACACCCCUUCGAGUUAAUCAUGGCCGCCUACGAAAGGAGGUUCCCCACGUGCCCCCUGAUUCCCAUGUUCGUGGACAGCGACAUCGUGAAUGAGUUCCGGAGCGAGGACGGGGCCAUUCACGUCGUGGAGAGGCGCUGCAAGCUGGACAUCGACGCGCCCCGGCUGCUGAAGAAGAUCGCAGGUGUGGACUACGUGUACUUUGUGCAGAAAAACUCCCUGAACGCCCGGGAGCGCACCUUGCACAUCGAGGCGCACAACGAGACGUUCGCCAACCGGGUGGUCAUCAGGGAGCACUGCUGCUACACCGUCCACCCUGAGAAUGAGGACUGGACCUGUUUUGAACAGUCUGCAAGCCUGGACAUCAAAUCUUUCUUCGGCUUUGAAAGCACGGUGGAGAAGAUCGCAAUGAAACAGUAUACCAGCAACAUCAAGAAAGGAAAAGAAAUCAUCGAGUACUACCUGCACCAGCUGGAAGAGGAAGGCAUAACCUUCGUGCCCCGCUGGGCCCCGCCCCGCCUGGCGCCCUCUGCCGAGACGGCCGCCUCCUGCAGGACGCAAGCGGCGGCGCUGGCCGACGCGCUCCCCGAAGCUGCGCAGAAGGAAGGGCUGGGCGGCGAGGCCCUGGGCAGCGCGAGCGGGGCCGCGGAGCCGGCCGCGGGAACCCCCGACGACAAACUGGACGCAGACUACAUCAAGAGGUACCUGGGCGACCUGACGCCCCUGCAGGAGAGCUGCCUGAUCCGGCUUCGCCAGUGGCUGCAGGAGACGCACAAGGGCAAAAUCCCCAAGGAUGAGCACAUCCUCCGGUUCCUGCGCGCCCGGGACUUCAACAUCGACAAGGCCCGGGAGGUCAUGUGCCAGUCCCUGACCUGGCGGAAGCAGCACCAGGUGGACUACAUCCUGGACACCUGGCGCCCGCCCCAGGUGCUCCAGGACUACUACGCGGGAGGCUGGCACCACCACGACAAAGACGGGCGGCCCCUCUACGUGCUCCGGCUGGGGCAGAUGGACACCAAAGGCUUGGUGAGGGCCCUCGGAGAGGAGGCCCUGCUGAGAUACGUGCUCUCCAUCAACGAGGAGGGGCUCCGGCGCUGCGAGGAGAACACGAAGGUCUUCGGCCGGCCCAUCAGCUCGUGGACCUGCCUGGUGGACCUGGAGGGGCUGAACAUGCGGCACCUGUGGAGGCCCGGCGUGAAGGCCCUGCUGCGCAUCAUCGAGGUGGUGGAGGCCAACUACCCCGAGACGCUGGGCCGCCUGCUGAUCCUGCGCGCCCCCCGCGUGUUCCCCGUGCUCUGGACGCUGGUCAGCCCGUUCAUCGACGACAACACCAGGAGGAAGUUUCUCAUCUACGCGGGGAACGACUACCAGGGCCCCGGGGGCCUGCUGGACUACAUCGACAAGGAGAUCAUCCCCGACUUCCUGGGCGGGGAGUGCAUGUGUGAAGUGCCGGAGGGCGGCCUGGUGCCCAAGUCCCUGUACCGGACGGCGGAGGAGCUGGAGAACGAGGACCUCAAGCUCUGGACCGAGACCAUCUACCAGUCCGCCAGCGUGUUCAAGGGAGCCCCCCAUGAGAUCCUCAUUCAGGUCGUGGACGCCUCCUCGGUGAUCACCUGGGACUUUGACGUGUGCAAAGGGGACGUCGUCUUCAACAUCUACCACUCCAAGAGGUCCCCGCAGCCCCCCAAGAAGGACUCGCUGGGGGCGCACAGCAUCACCUGCCCGGGGGGGAACAACGUGCAGCUGAUAGACAGGGCCUGGCAGCUGGGCCGCGACUACAGCAUGGUGGAGUCGCCCCUGACGUGCAGAGAGGGCGAGAGCGUGCAGGGCUCCCACGUGACCCGGUGGCCGGGCUUCUACAUCCUGCAGUGGCGGUUCCACAGCAUGCCGGCCUGCGCCGCCACCAGCCUGCCCCGCGUGGACGACGUGCUGGCCUCGCUGCAGGUCUCCUCGCACAAGUGCAAAGUGAUGUACUACACCGAAGUGAUCGGGUCCGAGGACUUCCGAGGCUCCAUGACCAGCCUGGAGUCCAGCCACAGCGGGUUCUCCCAGCUGAGCGCGGCCACCACCUCCUCCAGCCAGUCCCACUCCAGCUCCAUGGUCUCCAGGUAGUGCGCCGCCGCCGCCACCGCUGCCUCGGACAGCCCCGGCGCGCCGCCCGCCCGGCGCCACAGUGUGCAGACGCCUCCGACCCCUAGGUAGCGGCAGGUAGCGCUCGAGAUGGUAGACGUAGGCGCUGACCCCGCCGCCGCCGCCGAGACAGGCGGCUCCGGCUCCGCCUCCGACUCAAUAGCCAUAGAUUUUGUACGCGGCCGCCAGAGUCCGGCAGGGCGCCAGGGCCCUCGGGAAAGAAAGUCGUUUAUGUGCUGACUGAGAGCUUGACUCUGUCUCAAGUGUCGAUG